CAAGGCAAGCGAGCUAGCAAUGAACAAAAUUAGCAGACAGUCCUUCCUUUGGCACCCAAAGACUGCAGCAAGGAACACGGAUAACAACUACACGAUGUAGUGAGUCAAAUGCAAGUUAGUGGUCAGGUCAAGAUGGCUGAUUCUGAUCCUGGGGAAAGAAACUAUGAUAACAUGCUGAAAAUGCUGUCCGACUUGAAUAAGGACCUGGAAAAGCUAUUGGAAGAGAUGGAAAAAAUCUCAGUGCAGGCAACCUGGAUGGCCUACGAUAUGGUGGUCAUGCGUACCAACCCCACACUAGCAGAGUCCAUGCGCCGGCUGGAGGAUGCCUUCCUCAACUGCAAAGAGGAGAUGGAGAAGAACUGGCAAGAGCUACUCACCGAGACCAAACGCAAGCAGUGAGCCACCACUGUCACCAGCCUGAGUGCAGAAGCCAGGGGCGUGGGUCAGGAGGCCCAGAUGUG